AUGCGGCGCAGGGACUACGAGGAUAAAAGAUACUCCAUGGCGUCAACUGUAGUUCUGUUGUUUUCUCCAGCGUCCGUCGCCAUAGCCCGUGUGCUCGCGCCGCCUCAGGUGCAUUCACCUGAGACUGCUGUCCUUUAUCGACGGACAGGAGAGACAGGCGUGAAGACAGCUGCCGCUCUCACAGGCAAACAGCAAGACCAAGAGCCAACGAUACUCUACGACGCUGAGCAGCAGCAGCAGCAGCCGUACAUGCAGGCAUCGGGUUUGAGACAGUAUGGCUUCACGAGUCUGGCUGCGGAUCAUGCGUACAACGUGACAGCAACUCAAGGGGCGAUUUAA